AUGCCAGCCGACCGACGUUGCCCAAACGGUGGUCAUCAAGCCGUAAACUCAUCCUCCACUACAAGCUUUGGACUUCGAUCCCUCUCUCUGGAUAUUGGUCUCCGGCGAUUAUUCGCCUGGAUAUUUGUGGUUGCUGAUGUUCCCACCGCCGUCCUUGAUGCUAAUUUUUUGGCCGCCUUUGACCUUCCGGUGGAUUGCAGGCAACUUCACCUCCAUGACCGCGCAACUACCCUCACCGUCAAAGAAUUUCCUCCAUGUUCAACUUCCAACCAUUUAUUCGCCCCUGACCCAAACCCUGACUGUCCAUUUCGUAGACUUCAAGCAAAAUAUCCUAUUCUCACUAAGCUCCAUUUCUCCGACACCUCAUUGCCCCGUGAAAUUGUUCAUCACAUAAAAACGACUGGUCCUCCCAUAUUCUCUCGUCCCCGUCGUCGUGCUUCCGCGCGUCUUGCAGCUGCUAAAGCUGAAUUUGACCAUGUGCUGCAACUAGGCAUUAUUCGGCAGUCUGACAGUCCCUGGGCAUCUCCUUUGCACGUGGUUCCUAAACCAAAUGCGGAUGAUUGGCGUCCUUGUGGCGAUUAUAGAGCCCUUAACAAUAUCACUAUGCCCGACCGGUAUCCGGUUCCUCACCUUCAGGACUUUGCCAGCGCUCUCUGUGGCAAAACCGUUUUCUCGAAGAUCAGUGUGGUCCAGGCUUUUCAUCAAAUUCCGAUUGCGGCUGAGGACAUUCCCAAAGCGGCAGUGGCGACUCCUUUUGGCUUGUUUAAUUUCCUUCGUAUGCCAUUUGGUCUCCGAAAUGACUCACAGAGUUUCCAACGUUUAAGUGACCGCCUUUUACGUGGCCUUCCAUUUGUUCAUGCGUAUAUUGAUGAUGUUCUCGUCGCCAGUCGAUAUAUCAGGGAACAUCUCCAACACCUUACCGUGUUUUUCGACCGAUGUCAGCAGUUCGGUGUCACCCUGCAUCCUGUCAAAUGUGUCCUAGGAGCCACUUCUCUUGAGUUCUUAGGUCACCUGAUCGACUCAAACGGCAUUUAA